AUGGGUCGACACUCAAUCGCUUUCGCCCUUUACUGCGUGACUGCUUCUGGACUCGACCUGCUCGACCACUUGAGUCGGUCGAGCCUCCAUCGGCCCGCUCCCGUGUUCGACCAUUAUUGUGGGUCGAACAUAUCGACCAAGGGUCCCAUACGUAACACGUGCCCGCCGCACGAACCCGGCACCAGCCGCCGACCCCGGCGCCACCAGCGGCCGUCACCUGAGGAGGAUCAGAAGCAGAAAAUACUCAGAUUUCGCCGAAGAACAGCCAACAAGAUGUCAUCCUCGUCAUACGCACCGUGCGCCGCUUGCAAGUACCUCCGAAGAAAAUGCACUCAGGGAUGCAUUUUCGCACCUUACUUCCCACCCGACAACUCUCAAAAGUUCAUCAACGUCCACAAGGUGUUCGGCGCAAGCAACGUGGGCAAGAUCCUAAACGAGCUUAGCCCCGGAGGGCAGAGAAACGAGGUCGUAAAGUCACUUGCUUACGAGGCAGAGUGUCGCAUCAAGGACCCAAUCUAUGGUUGUGUGGGCCUCGUCUCCCUUCUCCAACACCAUCUCUGCCAGGUCCACCAAGAGAUCGAUUGGGCACGUCAAGAGCUCGCCACUUACAUCGGCUCAGCCGCCGCUAUGCAGCCACACAACUUCAAUUUCAACCAGGCAGCCGGACAGCAGCUCGCCGUGAUCCAGGAGCCUCAGCUGCAGAUGAGUGCAGCUCUGGCUCCUGCUCACGAGCAGCAGCAGCAACAGAUGUACGUUCAACAAUUGCAGCAACAACAACAACAACAGAUUUACGUUCAACAACUUCAGCAACAACAACAGAUGUACGUUCAACAGCAACAUAAUGAUAUUGUGAGGUUCGGCGAUGCAAGAAAUCCACAAGCAGGAGCAUUCGGGCAUAUACCAGCUGCAAUUGUGGCCACCGGUGUGGAGGCAGAGAUUGCCUUGGGUGGUGGUGGUUCAAUUGAGGAGGUAGUGGCUGAGGCUGAGGCGGAGGCUGUGCAGACUUAUGAGUAUCAAGUACGGUAA